AGAUCAGACAUUUUGCAGGAAGUCCCGCCCUCCGUUUCCGGUGUUUACGACAUCAUAAAAACAAAAACGUGCAUGCUGGUACAAGGUUGAGUAACGGAGACAGAAGCAGGAAAUGUAAAAAGAAGACAGAGUUGCACAUUACGUUAAACGAUGCAACAUUCUUCUUCCAACUAUCAACUCUAGGAGCCGCCGUUUGGCAACGAGUGCGAGUUAACCGAGCUCAGCGGGUCUUAAACUGAAGACAGCCUGCCGACCAGAUGCUUUCCCCGGGAAGGACCGUCUGCUCCCGGCUGCUGAGGCCGACCUCGUGGCUUCUUUUCCGGCAGGUCACUGAACGAGCAGCCGCCGGCUCCGUGCAGAAAGAGUUGAUCAAGAAAUAUGAGCUGGGGAAAGAUGAGCUGCGGCCUCUUUACAUGGACUUCCAGGCGACCACUCCCUUGGACCCUCGAGUGCUGGAUGCCAUGCUGCCCUACCAGGUGAACUACUAUGGUAACCCACACUCCAGGACACAUGCCUACGGCUGGGAGAGUGAGCGCGCCAUGGAGAAAGCCAGGACGCAGGUUGCUGAUCUCAUUGGAGCCGAUCCCAGAGAAAUCAUCUUCACCAGCGGAGCCACAGAGUCCAACAACAUGGCCAUUAAGGGCGUGGCCAGGUUCUACAAGGCCAAGAAGGGUCAUGUGAUCACCACACAGACCGAGCAUAAAUGUGUCCUGGACUCGUGUCGAAUUCUGGCGGCUGAAGGGUUCAACAUUACUUACCUGCCCGUGCAGAAGAAUGGACUGCUGGACCUGGAGCUGCUGGAGGCCUCCAUCCGUCCCGACACGUCACUGGUGUCCGUGAUGACAGUCAAUAACGAGAUUGGAGUCAAGCAGCCCGUCGAAGAAAUUGGCCAGAUUUGUCGAUCCAAAGGAGUCUUUUUCCACACGGAUGCUGCUCAAGCUGUUGGAAAGAUUCCCAUCAGUGUCUCCGACUGGAAGGUUGACCUGAUGUCCAUCAGUGGUCACAAGAUCUACGGACCCAAAGGUGUGGGUGCCUUGUAUGUUCGUCGCCGGCCGCGAGUCCGUUUGGAGCCGCUGCAGAGUGGGGGCGGGCAGGAGAGGGGUCUUCGCUCUGGCACCGUUCCCACCCCGCUGGUUGUUGGGCUGGGAGCUGCCUGCAGCAUCGCCCAGAAGGAGAUGGAGUAUGACCACCAGAGAGUGUCCAUGCUUGCUAAUCGCCUGGUCCAGAAGAUCAUGUCUGAGAUUCCCCAAGUCAUCAUGAAUGGAGACCCAGAACAGCGUUACCCCGGCUGCAUAAACCUUUCAUUUGCCUACGUGGAGGGAGAGAGUCUCCUGAUGGCCCUGAAGGAUGUUGCUCUGUCAUCUGGAAGUGCUUGUACGUCGGCGUCUCUGGAGCCAUCGUACGUCCUCAGAGCGAUCGGCACCGAUGAAGACCUGGCUCACUCCUCCAUCAGGUUCGGUGUUGGCAGGUUCACCACAGAAGAAGAGGUCGACUACACGGCAGAAAAAUGCAUCCAGCAGGUCCGCAGGCUCCGAGAGAUGAGUCCUUUAUGGGAGAUGUUCCAGGAAGGCGUUGACCUGAAGAGCAUCAAGUGGACGCAGCAUUGAGCUCCGUCCACUUCCUGUCUGCUUCCUACGGUUCCAAGAGAUCCUUGGAACAAUCCGACACAAACACGCACAAACUUCCUGUCCGACUUGAAGUCUGUUUGUAGCUGAAGCUCCUCCAGAUGUUGCUCAAAGUCGAAAAACAAAACCGUUUCUGUGAGGCUUUUCCAAAGUGCGCAGCUUUGGGGUUAUUGGGGACAAAAAAUGUGUAAACUGUUCAGUGAGGACUGUGAAGGAACUGCUGGCAACUCGAGGUUUGACAACAAGAAGCUGGCCCGCAGAACUUUAGCUUGUUUGACCGCUGAGGGAAAAAGUGAUGGAGAAAACGAGCUGCAGAAUAUUUAUCACGUGCCAUUUCUGAACAAAAUGUAAGAAAGGAGAGACGAAACUUUUACACAGAUGAAAAUAUUGUUAAAAUAAAAAUAUCUGGCUUAUUUUGUGCCAGCUCGUGCUUUUUUUUUUUUUUUUUUUUUUUUUUUCCCCC